GCCCCCGGGCCGGCGGAGCGGAGCGGAGCGGAGGGAUCGGAGCAGCGGGAGCCCCGGGCCGGCGGAGCGCGGCGCUCUGGCUGCGGAUGGAGGGCAGCCGCGCUUCUCCCCGCUACGGAUCCAUGGAAUCCACCCGCUGGCCGCCGGCCGGCGCGGGGCCAGAGGACGAGAUCGUGUCCAUGGCCGACUCCACGGCCACCAUGGAUGACAUCGAGGGGGAGCUCUUCAGGAUCGAGCGGAUCCGGGAGAUCCUGGUGCGCCGGGAGUCGGAGCUGCGCUACAUGAUGGACGACAUCCAGCUCUGCCAGGAGAUCAGCCGGCUGAAAACAGAGCUCCAGAAGCUGCUGGGCCUGCCAGAGAACCAGAAAUCCAAUGAGGAGAAGCAGAGGGAAGAGGAGCUGGUGCAGCAGAUCCACAAGCUGGUGGAAACUCGGGAUUUCCUGGUGGAUGACGUGGAGUUUGAGAGGCUCAGGGAAAGGGAAGAGGACAAGGAAAUGGCCGAGUUCCUGCAGAGCAAGCUGUCCAAAAGCUGCCUCCAGAGAGCAACUCCUGUCCCAGAGAAGAAGAUGACAUCGAGGGGACAGCAAACCUCGGCUCCCUACGUGACCAAGACGGGCCUGGCCCUGCUCAGGGGGUGCUGUGGCUUCACCUGCUCCAUCAUGUAGGGCACUGCCAGCGCCUGGCACAGGACACGGCCGUGGUAGGGGCACGUCCUGGGCAGCUGGGAUGGGCAGGAGGGGCUUCCUUGGAGCUGGGCCUUCCUUGGAGCUGAUC